AUGCCCCCGAAGGAUGGCGUGCGGCCCGGGCGACAGUCGAUCACAGGGGCGUCGCCCGGCGUCGGCGUCGGCGGCAUGGGGGGCAGGAGCGACAAGAACAAGGAUGCGAAGCCCAGGAAGCUGAACGCGCAGCAGGUGGCCCUCAACAAGGCCGUGGAUAUGGCCGAUCGGAUGUACAAGCAACACGAGCGGGAGCGGGUGAAGCGGGAGGCAGCCGACCAGGUGGCGCGCCAGGAUGCCUCCCUCGACGCCGCCCUGGAGAAGGCGCGACUGAGCAACGAUAAGGCGGAGCAUGAGAAGGUGGUGAAGGAGAUGGAGGAGCGCGAGCAGCUUGCCUACAGAGAGUGCGAGAAGCACCGCAGAUGGAGCCGGAUUCCAGAAGCCUCACGACUCCCACAGGUCGACAGUGAAAGCUCCAUCAACACGUUCCUUAGUGUGUGGCGCGAGAGGGAGGAGGAGUAUGACAAGUAUAGCCCCCCUGUUACGGUGCUCGCCAAGCGAGGUUCCAUUGGCGGGGUCACCAGCAUGUUUCGGUUCGUGAACGGGGAGCUUGGCGUUUCUCCAGCGGAUCGCAAGAAGAUGGUGGAGUCGGAACUCCGACGGUGUCUUGAGGCGUACGAGUUGACAGAAGCCAUCCACUUGGAGGCGGAUCGUUCUCUGACGCAGCGCAAGCUGAAGGAUCUUGCAUUUUUCAGCACAAACAUCGGACGGGUAUGUGAGCAGGUGCUCCAGUCCUUAGACUUUAUCACCAUUCACGCCUUGCUUGGGUACGACGUCAUGCUGGAGGGCCCAGAUAGCGAGUUCCUAACCAUGAGUGUCCCACCAGCCAAUCCUGUGGUAAAGUAUGGCCUCUGGGUGAAGGUGAAGGAGACGACGCGCAGUUUUGCUGCCAUGGCAUUCCCCAACAUCGCAAUGCGCCUGGAUCCCAAAUCCAGUGCCUUACCGAAGCUUCCAAAGGCGCUGGGAUUGAGUAAGGAGAAUGUGGCGGUGCGCAUUAUUCAGUUGGGGUUUAAUCCCCACGGUCACCACGGUUCCGUUGGUCGCGAAUACUACGCAUUGAACUGCGUCAUAAAAAUAGACCUUUUAAAUUUCACAGAGCGCCCAAAUAAGAGUGGAGACUGGCUUUACCGCUCUGAAACGGAAGAGGCGCACGUCUUACAUGUCGUUCCAUACCCGCCGCAAGUUGUGGAAAACGUGGAGGAGGAUCUUUCACUCCGUGUUUCCUUUGAGGCUCCAAACAGCAUCGUUAUGCGACACGCCUCGCUUCUUAUUGGAAGAUGGCUAGAGGCGUCCAAGGACUGGGAACCGUGCAGCCACACAAACCCUUCCACAGACACGAGCGGAACCGAGGCUAGACGCUGUGUGUUUGCAACCUCCGAGUUUUCCACCUUCGCGGUUUUGCAGGAGAAGGGCUUUGAUGUCCCGUACGAGCAUUGGCGCCUACACCCGAUGAGCUUUGACCAGGUAUUGAUGGUCUUGGAGGGGCGUCGACGUGGCGAGGGCGGUGAUCGGGAGUUCCGCAUUCUCGUCCAGGAUGCGCAGUGCAAGCUCUUGGCUCCAGAAGACCCAGAGUUGGCGUACCUGCGCGAGAACUGGCUUGAGCCUGCCACGCUGUUGCGGCUGCUCUCGCAAACAGGAUUUAACUUCCUCUUGGAAGACGAGGAUGCGAAGUUCAUUGAAAGUAUUGUGCCAAAGAGCUCCGCGUUGGAAGAAAAGGUGUACGCGGAUAUCGCACAAUUUUGCCUCUUCUACGCCAUUGCAAGCUCGCGACACAACAGGUACGGCGAAGAUGCGGAUUUGGCUCUAUUUCGCGUCUCCAAGCAGUCCCGUGCCCUCGACCAGGACGCACGGCUGGAGGUUCACUUAGACGACGACUCCGACUGGCACAGCGUGCGGUACCAGACCCAGCGCUGCGCCUUUGCCGCACUGGAGGAGUCUGCCGACGAACCCGACCUGCACAUACUUGAGGGGCAUGCGUCCCAUUUUAACCUCUACACACUUCUCCUGCACGAGAAGGGGGAGGAGGUGCGUCUGCAGGUCGUGCACCACACAAAUUUUCUUCUACGGCGAUGCGUGUUUCAGCUGCUCUGCCUGAUCCGACCGCUGACCUGGGGCUAA